AUGACUAACAAUUCAUUUUUUCAACUUCCCAAUGUCAAAACUGAUAUUUUUUAUUCAAAAUCGCAUGUUAUCCACAAAUACGAUGUAGAAGUGCGAAAAAUCAUUUCAGUCCGAAAGGGCGUUGCCUUCUUCCAAGAACUCUCCGAGCAGAGUUUGAAGUAAGUAAUUUUCCCUUUGUUUUCGAAUUUUAGAACCGUCAGGAGGAGGAUGUGGCCGUUGUUAUCACCGAUAUUAUUUUAGGUCCUCCAGAUCGGAAAGGAUAAUACUAUGCUCUUCGCUGGUGAGAAGAAUUAUGGAUGCCAAUUAUCCGGAAGUGGAUAUGGUUUAUGAUGGAAAGAAGCUAAUGUAUACGAGCUCUCCGAUCGAAUGCAUGGAUUUUGAUGCACCCCAACAUAAAAUUGGAGACUUUGACGAUACCAAUGAUUAUAUAGUGUCAGUGAACCGGCACUCAGCGAUGGAACUCGGCCAAAUGUCUCCAAAUGAUGUUACCAUAUUUUUGGAGCUUUUGACUUCGAAUCCAUUGAUGUAUGAGUUCCAAAUGCAUCCUCUCCAAAAGCAAUGGCUCUUCGUGCGGAAUGGAGAUGGAUACGAGAAUUUCGACCAAACCUCGAUCUUUCUGAGACGAGGAAUUAAGAAGGUCGUCAAUCUCCAGCCCGCCGACCACAAGUCGGCGGGUUUUGCGUCUAUCGUGGUAAUUGACAGUAAGUUUUGCAUUCUGUUGCCUAGUGUAAUAUAUUUUUUGCUAUUGAGGCUUUUUUAUAUGAUUUAUAUUGUUGAUUGUCUUUAGAGUUGCUUGAAUCGAGUUUAUAGAGUUUGAAAAACACGAAAAUGUAAUGAUUGAUUAGAUUUUCAAAGAUUUCUGAUAUUAUCCAUGAUAGUUUUUUAUCUAAAUUUUAAUAAUUUCUAUGGGGUUUAAAGCUAAGAAAUGCUUCUCCGAGUAUUUCUGGGUAUAAUAUACUUUCUUCUCGACUAAUCGCGUGUAUUUUAGUAAAGCUGGAAGGUUUCUACAGCCUUCUAAACUUCGAGUAUCUCAACUCGAUCCUCAUCAAGCGUUCGCGCGUUGAUGUGGACAUAAAUGAGACGGAGAGGAAUCUUCGUGGUGUAAUCUUCGGAUUUGAAUUGGAUAAGCGCCAGAGGAUCGUCUUCGAACGACUUUCGGACGUGGGAAUUGGGCAGAUAUUGUAAGUUAAUUUUUAUUUUUUUUCUUCUGUUUUUAGGACUAAGAAGUUGUGGAAUAGCCGUAAGGGGAAUGGAAGUUCGUAUUUGAACUUUUUUAUUUCAGUUUUCCGGAUUCAGAGUUCAAGGUCAUCGAUUAUCUGGAGAACAAAUACAAAGUUAGAAUUAAUCCGGAUCUGUUUGCCAUGAUGACCCCCGAAGGAAACGUAUACCCGCAGGAGUUUGUUUACCCAAUUCCCGGCCAGUUCAUCAACAAAUCGAUGAGGGAGACAUGUGACGAAAUGUUUAAUGUAAGAAUUUUUGAUUUUAUAAAAUUUUGGAAAUUGAUGUUUAAAAAAUGACUUUAAUUGUCGUAUUCCAGUACAAAGUCAACAACCCAGACGAGAUUUACAAUGAGAUCAUCAAGUACCACUCGGUUUACCCAGAAUACGCCGAGUAUUUUGAGAAGUUUGGAGUCAGAUUGAUGAACAAUAUUUGUAUGCCCAAUUAUGAGGAAGAUUGGGAGCUGGAUUCGGGAUAUCUUUCGGAUGAAAUGGAAAAACGAUCCAGAUUCAGCUCGGGAAGGUAGGCUUAGUUUAUGAUGAGAUAUUUUUUAUAUUGUAGUAGGUGGUUUUCAAAAAAAAAAAGAAAAAAUUUGUUGGAUUAGAGCUGGAUAGUGAUAUAAAAUGAUGAUGAUAGGAAAGCAUAUGCCUUAGGAUAUAUGUGGAGGAUAUUUAGAGAUUUUCCGCACCUAUGAUAUUGAAUUGCCACCUUUUUUUUGAUUUUUUCACGGUUUAAAAAAGAAUUUUUUAAUUUUCCCCUUGAGAUUUCGAAAAUUAUACCAUGAUGCAGAUAAUAAGUAUCAAAAAAUGCUUUUCUAACAUACUACGAUAAUUUAGACAUACCACUUCCAGGUUGAUAAAAAAAAUUUUUUGUUUUUUCGCACAGUGCAAAAAUUUAGACAGUAUUUUCAAUUUUUUUUUUAUUUUUGUAUCAAUUUUUACUUUCAGAGAAUCCGCUUUCUAUGAUUGA